UUCAUGCAAAAAAAUUAUGAUAUUCAGUAAUGAUACUUUUCCUUUCGUUAUGUUUUCUUUAAUAAAUGACACAGUAGUAGACCUAGUGACUAAUAAUAUAAGGAAUUGUUACAUUGACUUUUCAGGAAACGGAUUUGACUUUGGCAAUAAUAAGUGGACCAGUUGUGAUUUCCAUCAUGGCGUACGUCGUGGAUCACGCCAAAAACGGUAACACAUGCUAUCUCAUGUGUGGUUCAUGUCACAUAACCCAAAAUGAAAUCCCAGUUGGUCAGUCUCAUCUAUAUAUUUUCUAUUUAUACACAUAACAGCACAAAUCCACAAGGAGACACACCUCGUACGUAUUAGACUUAAGUCACUACAAAAACAAUGGCGCUACCGCAUUUUCUACUGGUAACGUUUCCGGCUCAAGGUCACGUGAACCCAUCUCUUCGUUUUGCUCGUCGGCUCAUCAAAACCACCGGGACACGUGUCACUUUUGCCACGUGUCUCUCUGCCAUCAACCGCUCUAUGAUCCCAGACCACAACAACGUCAACGAUCUGCUCUCUUUCCUUACUUUCUCCGACGGAUUCGACGACGGAGUCAUAUCCAACACCGACGACGUCCAAAACCGGUUGCUGAACUUCGAACGUAACGGCGAUAAAGCUCUAUCGGAUUUCAUCGAAGCUAAUCUAAAUGGUGACUCUCCCGUGACUUGCUUGAUCUACACGAUUCUUCCCAACUGGGCUCCAAAAGUGGCGCGUAGAUUUCACAUUCCCUCUGUUCUUCUCUGGAUCCAACCAGCCUUCGUUUUCGACAUUUAUUACAAUUACUCUACAGGAAACAACUCUGUUUUCGAGUUCCCGAAUCUUCCUUCUCUCGCAAUCCGCGAUCUUCCUUCUUUCCUCUCACCUUCCAACACGAACAAAGCCGCACAAGCAGUAUAUCUAGAACUGAUGGAGUUUCUCAAAGAAGAAUCUAACCCGAAAAUUCUCGUCAACACAUUCGAUUCGCUGGAGCCAGACUUCUUAACAGCUAUUCCGAAUGUAGAAAUGGUGGCAGUUGGUCCUUUACUUCCUGCGGAGAUUUUCACUGGAAGCGAAUCAGGUAAAGAUUUAUCAAGAGAUCAAAGUAGUAGUUAUAAACUUUGGUUAGACUCGAAAACAGAGUCCUCUGUUAUUUAUGUUUCUUUUGGAACAAUGGUUGAGUUGUCCAAGAAACAAAUAGAGGAACUAGCGAGAGCACUCAUAGAAGGGAAAAGACCGUUCUUGUGGGUUAUAACCAAUAAACUCAACAGAGAAGCAAAAAUCGAAGGAGAAGAAGAGACAGAGAUUGAAAAGAUAGCAAGUUUCAGACAUGAGCUUGAAGAGGUUGGGAUGAUUGUGUCGUGGUGUUCGCAGAUAGAGGUUUUGAGACACCGAGCCGUAAGUUGUUUUGUGACUCAUUGUGGGUGGAGCUCAUCGCUGGAGAGUUUGGUUCUCGGCGUUCCAGUGGUGGCGUUUCCGAUGUGGUCGGAUCAACCAGCGAAUGCGAAGCUUUUGGAAAAAAUAUGGAAGACAGGUGUGAGGGUGAGAGAGAACUCGGAAGGUUUAGUGGAGAGAGGAGAGAUAAAGCGGUGUUUGGAAGCAGUGAUGGAGGAGAAAUCUGAGGAGCUGAGGGAAAGCGCAGAGAAAUGGAAGCGUUUAGCGAUUGAAGCAGGUGGAGAAGGAGGAAGUUCGGACAAGAACGUGGAGGCUUUUGUGAAGACUCUCUGUUUUGAGGUUGUAUAAAACAUCAAUGCUCACAACGUGAAUUGCACAGAUUCAUGUUGUAGGUGAUUCAUGUAUAGUUGGAGUUUACUAAUUAUAUGCAUCUUCUUUGAUUCAAUAAACUUGUAGGUACAAUAUUACUAUUAAAAAAUGUUAUUGUGAUUCCCGUU